ACGCACCCAUCAUUUCGGCCACGCCGCCAUUAAACCUCAAAGAAGAAUAAAACCAGGUGGCACGCUGUCAGGUUACAUUCUCAAACAAAACGUUUUGGUCCAGCGUGACAGCCUCCAUAAUGCCGCUGCAGCCGAGUCCUGUGUGGCUUUCCACCGACCUCAAUGUCACCAAAAGAUGUAUCAUGUACAAACUGCUCGUCUUGGAGAACGCCAGGAACACACUGGACAAACAACUACGACAUUUAACCGAAGAGGCCAACGUGGAUGUCCGGCGCUUCCUGAGCGCGCCUCAUCCUAUCAGUGUGCUGGACAUCCUCGUCAGGUCUUUGGAUGCUAAAUGUUAUGCCAUUGAGGAACUUUCAACUGCAUUCAAAAACCUGACGACCGAUCCACAAUUCAGUGUCCCAGCUUCCACCAGACAGCUAAACAGCCUGUUGCAGCCAGCGCUAUCCAGAGACCGAGGCAUCAGGACAUCGUCAGACGUGCUGAAGUGUGGUCCCAUGCUGCAGAACGUCCUCAUGGCCGGCUCCAUCACCAAGGCAGUGCAGAUGCUGGGAGCCUUGCUGUCCCUACAGAAACUCAAACUCUUCUGCUCCUCUUCCUCCUCUCAAGAUGAGGACUUCCAGAAGGACCAGGUCUUUAUAUGCAGCAUCUCCUCCUCCUCCUCCAGCAAAGUGGCAAAGCUCCCAAUCCCCAGCUCCUCAACCAGCGUAGCCGGUCUGAAUCUGACCAAAGACGAUGGGAUCUUUAUCUCCAAGGAGAAGACACCGCAGCAGCCGACUACAACCACGGUUACAACCACUCAAAUCAAAGAGAACAGUCGAAUCACACAAACACCUGGAGCAACAGAUCUAGGUCUACCUGUCCCAGGUGAGCUCCUCUCAGGGUUCAGUAACCCAGCCAACCAGAUGACAGCCCUGGCUCCUCCCCCUCUAGAUCCAGGAAGUGACACCAGAGUACAGCACCAGAAGCAAACUUCCUCUCAGCUCGUGCAAUUCCUGCGAACCAACUGCAGGAACGAGCCAUCCAUGGAGUUGACUGCUUUCUUCCAGUACACCACCUCUGAUUCCACCGCCCCGGCAACGACCUCUGACCCCACCACGGAAACCAAGCAUGCCCAGGAAAUUAAGAAUGUUCUAGAAACGAAGAACCUCAGUGUCCUGAAGAAGGAGCUGUUCUCAGAGCUGCCGGAUAACCAGCUGAACCAAUAUGCCCCGGUGUUCACAGUAAAGCGUGUGGAGUCUGGAGGCUCUCUGAUCUUCAGCUGUAUCAUUGCCACCAAGACAGAGCUCUGGGAUAUAGGAGACGUCUUUACCGAGGCGACAAGGAGCGGCCCUUCCUCUGACGUCAUCACCACCUCAGAGAACAAGAUGUCUGCCGCUAGUCUCCAGUGUCAGAGUGUAGAGAUCUCUAACACGACCCUCCACCCCCCAGCUCCAUCCAUCCACAGCCUACGGAUCAAAGAGGGACAUGUGACGGGGGAGGUUCAGGACGAUAUCAACACCAUCAGUCGGACGCCAGAACUCCAGAGAUUCCAGAACUGUUGUUCCUUUGUUACCCCGGGCAACCAGUGUCUGAACAUUCCAGAGUUCCAGAUCCGUAAGUUUGAGGAGACGGCAGUAGUGGUGAGUCACGUGGUGCAUCCUGGGAACUUCUACAUCCAACAGGCCGACGCCACCCUCCAGCUGGAGGACCUCAACACUGAUGGUUUAGCAGAGCUGAAGUGUAUUCCAGACAUCGGGACCUACGUCGUGGCUUGGUUCCCCCAACAGGAGAGCUGGUGUCGGGCACAGGUGGCCAAGAUAUGUGGCAUGAGUGGAGACAUCAAUGAGGUGGAGGUGGAGGUGAGGAGGCUGGAUUACGGAGACACUUCCUGUCUGUCUCUAUGUAACAUCAAGGAAUUCAGUGCUGAGAUGACAUCACUUCCUCUACAGGCCAUACAGGUCUCCCUGGCUAAUGUGCGCCCAGUGGACGUGUGUGGCUGGACCCAGCAGGCAGUAGAUUGGUUCAGAGACAUGGUGGACAACAGGACGAUGUACGGACGGAUCUACCCUCAGGGAGAGAGACGCAACACCAUGGUGGAACUCUUCAUGGAGAAGGGAAAACUGGGGUCCAUGAGGAGAGGAGCCUCUCUGUCUCUGAGACUGGCUCAGAAUGGACAUGCUAAACAUGACAAGUUGAGGAACCUGGGAAUCAAGAGAAGUAGUGCGCAGGAGCGAACCAAGAAAUGUCAGUCUGCCUGGAACAAGUACCUCAUUUCCUGUUACACCCAGAAUAAGAAGUAAUCAGGCUGAUAAAGGUGUUGCUGUUGUAGUCCAUUCCACCUCACCUCCCUCUCCCCUUCAUGAGCCACCUGUCUCCAUCACAUUAACCAGCCUUGAUACGGGUCGUCACUAUCUGGCCAAAUUGGAAGCCCCGCCUUGUUCUAAAAUGUUCUGCCAUUGUAAUCCUUUGGGCGGGUUUGGUAACAUAAUGCAGAAGUGACAGUGUAAACAUUUAUUUUUAUUAAACUUUUGACUAUUUUCUACAUUGUAGAAUAAAAGUGAAGACAUCAAAACUAUAAAAUAACACAUGGACUUAUGUAGUAACCAAAAAAGUUUUAAACAAAUCAAAAUAAAUUUGCUAUUCUUCAAAUAGCCACCGUUUGCCUUGAUGACAGCUUUGCACACUUGGCAUUCUCUCAACCAGCUUCACCUGGAAUGCUUUCCAACAGUCUUGAAGGAGUUCUCACAUAUGCUGAGCAUUUGUUGGCUGCUUUUUCUUCACUCUGCUGUCCAACUCAUCCCAAACCAUCUCAAUUGGGUUGAGUUCAGGUGAUUGUGGAGGCCAGGUCAUCUGAUGCAGCACUACAUCACUCUCCUUCUUGGUCAAAUAGCCCUUACACAGCCUGGAGGUGUGUUGGGUCAUUAUCCUGUUGAAAAACAAAUGAUAGUCCCACUAAGCCCAAACCAGAUGGGGUGGCGUAUCGCUGCAGAAUGCUGUGGAAGCCAUGCAGGUUAAGUGUGCCUUGAAUUCUAAAUAAAUCACUGACUGUGUCACCAGCAAAGCACCAUAACACCUCCUCCUCCAUGCUUCACGGUGGGAACCACACCAUCACACCUCCUCCUCCAUGCUUCACGGUGGGAACCACACCAUCCCACCUCCUCCUCCAUACUUCACGGUGGGAACCACACCAUCCCACCUCCUCCUCCAUGCUUCACGAUGGGAACCACAUCACACCUCCACCUCCAUGCUUCACGGUGGGAACCACACCAUCCCACCUCCUCCUCCAUGCUUCACGGUGGGAACAACACAUGCAGAGAUCAUCUGUUCACCUACUCUGCGUCUCACAAAGACACAGCGGUUGGAACCAAUAAUCUAAAAUUUGGUCUCAUCAGACCAAAGGACAGAUUUCCACCAGUCUAAUGUCUGCUGCUCGUGUUUCUUGGCCCAAGCAAGUCUCUUCUUCUUAUUGGUGUCCUUUAGUAGUUGUUUCUUUGCAUCAAUUUGACCAUGAAGGCCUGAUUCACACAGUCUCCUCUGAACAGUUGAUGUUGAGAUGUGUCUGUUACUUGAACUCUGUGAAGCAUUUAUUUGGGCUUCAAUCUGAGGCUGGUAACUCUAAUGAACUUAUCCUCUGCAGCAGAGGUAACUCUGGGGUCUUCCUUUCCUGUGGUGGUCCUCAUGAGAGACAGUUUCAUCAUAGCGCUUGAUGGUUUUUGCGAAAUGCACUUGAAGAAACUUGAAAUGUUCCGUAUUGACUGACCUUCAUGUCUUAAAGUAUUGAUGGACUGUCGUUUCUCUUUGCUUAUUUGAUCUGUUCUUGCCAUAAUAUGGCCUUGGUCUUUUACCAAAUAGGGCUAUCUUCUGUAUACCACCCCUACCUUGUCACGACACAACUGAUUGGUUCAAACGCAAAUUAACUUUUAACAAGGCACACCUGUUAAUUGAAAUGCUUUCCAGGUGACUACCUCAUGAACUAGGGCUCUUGAGUGGCUCGGCGGUCUAAGAGACAGCAUCUCAAUGCAAGAUGCCUCACUACAGUCCUUGGUUCGAAUCCAGGCUGUAUCACAUCCGGCCGUGAUUGGGAGUCCCAUAGGGCAGCCACGCAAUUAGCCCAGCGUCGUCCGGGUUUGGCCCCGGGGUAAGCCGUCAUUGUAAAUAAGAAUUUGUUCUUAACUGACUUGCCUAGUUAAAUAAAGGUUGCACAAGCUGAUUGAGAGAAAGCCAAGAGUGCCCGGAUGACAGCUUUGCACAAAGUGUGGAUACUGUGAAGUAUCUCCAAAUAUAUAUUUUGAUUUGUUUGACACUUUUUUUUUGGUUACUACAUGAUUCCAUAUGUGUUAUUUCACAGUGUUGAUGUCUUCAAUAUUAUUCUAAAAUGUAGAAAAUAGUAAAAAAAUAAAGAAAAACCCUUGAAUGAGUAAGUGUGUCCACACUUUUGACUGGUACUGUAUAUAUAUUCAUGUUUUAAUACAUUUUCGUGAUGGACAAACUAAAACCAGAUGGAGAUAAUAUAGAUAAUGGAGCUGUCCAUAAAACCAGAUGGAGAUAAUGGAGCUGUCCAUAAAACCAGAUGUAGAUAAUAUAGAUAAUGGAGCUGUCCAUAAAACCAGAUGGAGAUAAUAUAGAUAAUGGAGCUGUCCAUAAAACCAGAUGGAGAUAAUAUAGAUAAUGGAGCUGUCCAUAAAACCAGAUGGAGAUAAUAUAGAUAAUGGAGCUGUCCAUAAAACCAGAUGUAGAUAAUGGAGCUGUCCAUAAAACCAUAUGAAGAUAAUGGAGUUGUCCAUAAAACCAGGUGGAGAUAAUAUAGAUAAUGGAGCUGUCCAUAAAACCAGAUGGAGAUAAUAUAGAUAAUGGAGCUGUCCAUAAAACCAGAUGGAGAUAAUAUAGAUAAUGGAGCUGUCCAUAAAACCAUAUGAAGAUAAUGGAGUUGUCCAUAAAACCAGAUGAAGAUAAUAUAGAUAAUGGAGCUGUCCAUAAAACCAUAUGAAGAUAAUGGAGUUGUCCAUAAAACCAGAUGAAGAUAAUAUAGAUAAUGGAGCUGUCCAUAAAACCAGAUGGAGAUAAUAUAGAUAAUGGAGCUGUCCAUAAAACCAGAUGUAGAUAAUGGAGCUGUCCAUAAAACCAGAUGGAGAUAAUAUAGAUAAUGGAGCUGUCCAUAAAACCAGAUGGAGAUAAUAUAGAUAAUGGAGCUGUCCAUAAAACCAGAUGGAGAUAAUGGAGCUGUCCAUAAAACCAGAUGGAGAUAAUAUAGAUAAUGGAGCUGUCUAUAAAACCAGAUGAAGAUAAUGGAGCUGUCCAUAAAACCAGAUGAAGAUAAUAUAGAUAAUGGAGCUGUCCAUAAAACCAGAUGGAGAUAAUGGAGCUGUCCAUAAAACCAGAUGAAGAUAAUGGAGCUGUUCAUAAAACCAGGUGGAGAUAUAGAUAAUGGAGCUGUCCAUAAAACCAGAUGAAGAUAAUGUAGCUAAUGGAGCUGUUCAUAAAACCAGGUGGAGAUAAUAUAGAUAAUGGAGCUGUCCAUAAAACCAGAUGAAGAUAAUGUAGCUAAUGGAGCUGUCCAUAAUAUAUUCUCUGAGAACUAACACUCAACAAAAUAAUAAAAGCUGGACAUUCGGGGAGAAAUUACAGGAACAAUUUAGCAUUAUUGAUAUUGUUUAUGUUUGAGCAGAAUAACACAUUAGCCAUGGAAAAAAUGCAUAGAAUUGCAUGAAAUUCCCUUUAAAACUGUAAACAUUUCUCUCAGCUCCAUGGAGAAAUGUGUGUAGAAUUGUUGUGAAAAUGCAUACGUUUCUCUACAUCGCCAAGAUGAGGCUUGAUUUUUCUCUCUGAUGCCAAAAGGCGGGCCUUUAAAAUGUUCCUUCCCGGGGUCCACUAUGAGCUGUCCAUAAAACCAGAUGAUAAUGUAGUUAAUGGAGCUGUCCACUAUGGGCCCUGGUCAAAAGAAGUUCACAACGUAGGGAAAAAGGUGCCAUUUUGGGAGGCAGUCUGGUAACAUAAUGACAGCUGUAUUAACCAGACCAGUUGGGAGGCAGUCUGGUGACAUAAUGACAGCUGUAUUAACCAGUUGGGAGGCAGUCUGGUAACAUAAUGACAGCUGUAUUAACCAGUUGGGAGGCAGUCUGGUGACAUAAUGACAGCUGUAUUAACCAGUUGGGGGGCAGUCUGGUAACAUAAUGACAGCUGUAUUAACCAGACCAGUUGGGAGGCAGUCUGGUGACAUAAUGACAGCUGUAUUAACCAGUUGGGGGGCAGUCUGGUAACAUAAUGACAGCUGUAUUAACCAGUUGGGAGGCAGUCUGGUGACAUAAUGACAGCUGUAUUAACCAGUUGGGAGGCAGUCUGGUAACAUAAUGACAGCUGUAUUAACCAGUUAGGAGGCAGUCUGGUAACAUAAUGACAGCUGUAUUAACCAGACCAGUUGGGAGGCAGUCUGGUGACAUAAUGACAGCUGUAUUAACCAGUUGGGGGGCAGUCUGGUAACAUAAUGACAGCUGUAUUAACCAGUUGGGAGGCAGUCUGGUAACAUAAUGACAGCUGUAUUAACCAGUUGGGAGGCAGUCUGGUAACAUAAUGACAGCUGUAUUAACCAGACCAGUUGGGAGGCAGUCUGGUAACAUAAUGACAGCUGUAUUAACCAGUUGGGAGGCAGUCUGGUAACAUAAUGACAGCUGUAUUAAUACAGCUGUCAUUAUGUUACCAGACUGCCUCCCAACUGCUCUGGUUAAUACAGCUGUCAUUAUGUCACCAGACUGCCUCCCAACUGGUUAAUACAGCUGUCAUUAUGUUACCAGACUGCCUCCCAACUGGUUAAUACAGCUGUCAUUAUGUUACCAGACUGCCUCCCAACUGGUUAAUACAGCUGUCAUUAUGUUACCAGACUGCCUCCCAACUGGUCUGGUUAAUACAGCUGUCAUUAUGUUACCAGACUGCCUCCCAACUGCUCUGGUUAAUACAGCUGUCAUUAUGUUACCAGACUGCCUCCUAACUGGUUAAUACAGCUGUCAUUAUGUUACCAGACUGCCUCCUAACUGGUUAACCAGUUAGGAGGCAGUCUGGUAACAUAAUGACAGCUGUAUUAACCAGUUAACCAGUUAGGAGGCAGUCUGGUAACAUAAUGACAGCUGUAUUAACCAGACCAGUUGGGGGGCAGUCUGGUAACAUAAUGACAGCUGUAUUAACCAGUUGGGAGGCAGUCUGGUAACAUAAUGACAGCUGUAUUGGCUCUGGUGAAAACUAGUGCACUAUAUAGGGAAUAGGGUGCCAUGGGGCUCUGGUCAAAACUAGUGCACUAUAUAGGGAAUAGGGUGCCAUGGGGCUCUGGUCAAAACUAGUGCACUAUAUAGGGAAUAGGGUGCCAUGGGGCUCUGGUCAAAUCUAGUGCACUAUAUAGGGAAUAGGGUGCCAUGGGGCUCUGGUCAAAUCUAGUGCACUAUAUAGGGAAUAGGGUGCUAUUUGGGAAGAACGAUGCGACUUUCAGCUGCUGCGGACUUGACUGUUUUGAUGUGUGAAAUUAUUUUAGGCACUUUGUGACUGUCGGCCAACAGACUAGCUGUCUUUAGUCAGCCAACAGACCAGCUGUCUUUAGUCGGCCGACAGACCAGCUGUCUUUAGUCGGCCGACAGACUAGCUGUCUUUAGUCAGCCAACAGACCAGCUGUCUUUAGUCGGCCAACAGACUAGCUGUCUUUAGUCAGCCAACAGACUAGCUGUCUUUAGUCAGCCGACAGACUAGCUGUCUUUAGUCGGCCGACAGACUAGCUGUCUUUAGUCGGCCGACAGACUAGCUGUCUUUAGUCGGCCUACAGACUAGCUGUCUUUAGUCGGCCGACAGACUAGCUGUCUUUAGUCGGCCGACAGACUAGCUGUCUUUAGUCGGCCGACAGACCAGCUGUCUUUAGUCGGCCGACAGACCAGCUGUCUUUAGUCGGCCGACAGACCAGCUGUCUUUAGUCGGCCGACAGACCAGCUGUCUUUAGUCGGCCGACAGACUAGCUGUCUUUAGUCGGCCGACAGACUAGCUGUCUUUAGUCGGCCGACAGACCAGCUGUCUUUAGUCGGCCGACAGACCAGCUGUCUUUAGUCGGCCGACAGACCAGCUGUCUUUAGUCGGCCGACAGACCAGCUGUCUUUAGUCGGCCGACAGACCAGCUGUCUUUAGUCGGCCGACAGACCAGCUGUCUUUAGUCAGCCCUCAUAAUGCAUGUAAAUGGAGGAGGAUGAUCCAUUCUGUGUAUUUGCCAACAGUUCUUCACUGUGAACUUUCCUUUUAUGACUUUAAAUGAUGCUGUGGCUUGUUAUUUUUCCUUUACUAUGCAAUGUGAAAAGUUUUUUGUUUUCCCUUCUGUCAUAUUAUUAGUUACAUUUCUGACAUAUUUGAUAUGUAUC